ACAACAGCAACAAUUGCAACAACAACAACAAAAAAUAACUUAAGAAAUUUAUUGACAUUUACUGUUCAACCUCUUAACAUUUAACGCACGUUUUAAUAUCAUGCCAGUGUGUCCUUGAAAAAAAAGCAUUUCAACAUUGUUCAUAUUAACGCUACUGAUAUUGAAGGCACAGUUGACCAAUUAUGGAGUUUGGUCAAGGUGCCUAUGUAAAUUCCUCAUAUACGAUUUCGCGGACCGCUUCAACUGCUUCCAUACCUGGUGAAUAUCGUUUAAGGGAAGAAGAACCAGAAAAUGUUAAAAAGGUGAAUAACUUACAGAAUGGCGAUCCUAUUAAAAUUGGAAUCUGGUCAUCGACACCCAGUUUGGAUCAAAACGGAAACAAAUACCUUCCAAACGAUCUCGCUAGUUCCAGUGACCUUAAGCCACCUAAACGUGAUAACUGGACAAAUGAUAUUGAAUUUCUCAUGUCCUGCAUCGCUUUAUCAGUAGGUCUAGGGAAUGUAUGGCGCUUUCCAUUCACAGCAUUGGAUAAUGGCGGAGGCGCUUUUGUGAUACCUUAUUUAAUAGUAUUAUUCCUGGUCGGUAAACCGGUCUACUAUAUGGAAAUGUUAUUGGGACAAUUCUCAAGCAGAGGCUGCGUUAAAGUUUAUGAUUUUUCCCCUAUAAUGAGAGGCGUCGGUUACGGCCAAGUUUUGGCCACUGGUAUCGUAACUACUUAUUACGCAACAUUAAUGGCUUUAACUUUACGUUACUUUAUUGAUUCGUUUUAUCCCUUAUUACCUUGGAGUUAUUGUCGCCAAGAAUGGGGUGAACUGUGUAUAGAUUCCGAAUUGAAUCACAAGCAACAAUCGACAUCUUCAGCUGAUAUUAAAACAACUUCAGCCGAAUAUUAUUUCAUCAACAUUAUAUUGCGUGAAAAGUCGAGCAUAGAUGACGGUAUCGGUUAUCCUAAUUGGACUUUGGCUUUAACUUUGGCCUUCUCGUGGCUAAUCAUAUCGCUGAUAAUGAUUAAAGGUGUACGCAGUUCGGGUAAGGCUUCAUAUUUCCUGGCCGUUUUUCCUUAUUGCAUAAUGCUGGUGCUAUUGGUGCGUUCUCUAACGUUGCCGGGUGCUUUUGAUGGGGUUUUAUAUUUCCUAAGACCCCAAUGGAAUAAAUUGCUAGAUCCCAAGGUAUGGUAUGCGGCAGUAACUCAAGUCUUCUUCUCUUUGGCUAUUUGUUUUGGUAACAUAAUCAUGUACGCCUCUUACAAUCGCUUCAGUCAUAACAUUAAAAGAGAUUGUACGAUCAUAACAACAUUGGAUACCUUUACGUCUUUACUUUCCGGUAUCAUAAUAUUCGGUAUUUUGGGUAACUUGGCUUAUGAGUCAAAAACUAGUGACAUUAAGAGUGUCGUUAAAGGUGGUCCCGGCUUGGCAUUUAUUUCAUAUCCCGAUGCUAUUGCCAAGUUUAAAUUCCUUCCGCAGAUUUUUUCAGUUUUAUUUUUUCUGAUGUUAUUCGUUUUGGGUAUCGGCAGCAAUGUGGGCAUGGCCUCUUGUCUAAUGACGGUAAUCAAAGAUCGUUUCAUCCAUACCAAACAUUGGAUUAUAGUGGUUUGCAUAGCUGUCACCUGCUACUGUUGGGGUUUAGUCUAUAUAACGCCGGGCGGACAAUUUAUUUUGAAUUUAUUGGAUUUUUAUGGUGCUUCAUUUGUCGCCUUGGUUUUAGCGAUUUUUGAACUUUUAGCCGUGGGCUGGAUUUAUGGAGUUAAACGUUUAUGCCAAGAUAUACAUUUUAUGUUAGGCAUUCAAACCUCUUGGUAUUAUCGCCUUUGUUGGGGACUUAUAACUCCUGCUUUAAUGGCUGCUAUACUUAUUUACACGUUAGUUCAAUAUGAACCUCUGCAAUAUAACGGCUAUUUUUAUCAGACCGGUUUAUAUAUUUUCGGUUGGUGCAUAUCUGCCUUUGGCAUUGGACAAUUGCUCUUCUGGGCAGUCUAUGCUAUUCUAAGAAGUCCCGGCGAUUGUUUUUGGGAUCGUGUGAAAACAGCUUUUAAACCGAAAUGUGAUUGGGGCCCUUUAGAUGGUAAUAAUUUACAAAUCUAUAAAUAUCACAUAAAUGAACUGAAAAUUGAAGCUAUGUUUCGUCGCAAUGGAUUCUGGUAUCGAAUAUAUGAUAACAUAUUCGGUUAGUGUUAUAUUUAAUUCUAUUAUUUGAUAUGCUAAGUGAAAUAUAUUAGGCUCAUAAUCGUAAAUAUACUUUUUUUUUUAAAGUAUUUUAAAUAUAGAACAG